GCAGAAUCACAACUUAGGCUACUUGUUAACUGUGCGAUCAUGCACUUGCCACCAAGAUAUGCAACUCAUUUCCUGGAUUUGUCAUUUUGAGUACAGUACUUCAGUCUGUGGCAACACAGCGCACGUUGCCAUGUGCAUGUCCUUACCCUUUUUCUCGAGAGAUUACGUGUGGACCUUCUGCGUUUCGUUUCUGUCAAAUCUCCAGCCUCGCUAACAGGAUGGGAAACACAUGAAAUUGCCUGCUUCCCAAGGAAACGGUGACUUUAAAGUAUUUGGAGUUUCGAUCAUGGAUGGGUCUACGAAUAGUCUUGACGACGUGUCGGCGGGCAGCAGUGCUGAUUUCCCUGACCGGACGUCCCUGGUGGAGGUGCGUCUGCAGGCGCAGGAGGACGAGAUCACGCUCCUCAAGUCCUCAUUGGCCGACGCCCUGCGCAAGCUCCGCCUCCAUGACCAGCAGAUGCUGUUGCUGAAGCAGCACCUGAUUGCAGUGAACCCUGGGGCUGCUCGCUCCCUGAACCAGGUGGGCUGUACGGACGGCCUAUCCCGAUCCUGCAGGCUCUCCAGCAGCUCCCAGGACGGCCUGUGCCACUCGGGCUCCAGUCCAGUCACAAACAGCACUGGGGAGGAGAACGGGCAUAGGCCCACCGCUAAGCUCCCAGGCCCCACGCUGAGGCCCAGCUCACAGGACAGGGCCACCCAGACGGAGCUCACCCUCCAGGGCUUGGGCUCGGGGGCGGAGCGGGUCCCCCUGGCGCUCACCAGGGCCGUGCAGAGCCUCUCGCUGGAGGACGCUCUCCCCGAGGGGCUGUCGGUGGCGCAGGAGUCCCUGGCCAAGCUGGAGGAGCUGAGGGUGCUGGAGGAGGAAGAGGGGGAGGACGAGGAGGACGAGCAGCGAGAGGACGGGGCCGGGGGUCGCACGAAGGACCCCAGCUGGACGCCCGGCGUGGAGGAGGCCAUCCAGCCCACCAGGCUCGUCCGGCGCGUCGGGGCCGAAGCGCAGAACCACAACGGCACCUCUGAGGACCAGGCCGGCUCCGCGCCCCACACCCCCGUCUCGGGCUCCCCGGCGCCCCCCAAGGACCAGUGCCCCAGCCCCCUGCCCCCCAUCCUGGAGGAGGAGAAGAAGCCCCUGGUCCGGCGGAACAGCGAGCGGCUGAUGAAGGAGACCCCGGAGCGGACGAAGCAGAAGCUGGCCAAGAAGGCGGCGUCCUCCGCCAACCUGCUCACGCGCUCCCCCAGUCUGGAGAGCCGAGCAAAAGAUCUCAUUUCCAGCCCAGGGUCCCAGGGCUCCAGUCGGGGCCGCACCACACAAGGCCAGUCCAUAAAGAUGUUCAUCCGGGGGCGCCCCAUAACCAUGUACAUCCCUUCCAACAUCCAGAACUACGAGGAGCUGAAGAUGGACCUGCCAGCCGAGAAACUGGAGCUGGACUGGGUCUAUGGGUACCGGGGUCGAGACUGCCGGGCCAACCUGUAUCUGCUGCCGUCUGGAGAGGCGGUCUACUUCAUCGCCUGUGUGGUGGUGCUCUAUCACCUCAGUAACCGCACCCAGAGGCACUACCGCAAACACACCGACUGUGUACGCUGCCUUGCUGUUCACCCAGACAAGAUUCGUGUGGCCUCCGGGCAAACUGCAGGAGUAGAUAAGGAUGGGAAGGCGCUGCAGCCGUUUGUGCACAUCUGGGACUCGGUGACGCUGGCCACUCUGCAGACCAUUGGGCCGGGCACCUUUGAGAGAGGAGUGGGCUCAGUGGCCUUCUCCCAGUCGGAUGCGGGAGCGUUCCUGUGUGUGGUCGAUGAGUCUAAUGAGCACAUGCUGUCUGUGUGGGACUGGGCCAAAGGGACCAAGCAUGCUGAAGUCAAGAGCACCAACGAGGCGGUGCUGGCUGUGGAGUUCAACCCCAGCGACAGCAGCAACAUCAUCACCUCGGGCAAGUCGCACGUCCACUUUUGGACGCUGGCCGGCGGGGCGCUCACCAAGAAGCAGGGCAUCUUUGGGAAAUACAAGAAGCCCAAGUUCAUCCUGUGCUUCGUGUUCAGUCUAACGGGAGACGUGCUGACGGGGGACUCGGAGGGCAACAUCCUGACUUGGGGCAAAUCACGCGCCGACACAAAGACCCUGGGCAAAGGGGCCAAAGAGACCUUCCAGAUCAUGCGGCAGAUGCGUGCUCAUGAGGGCAGUGUGUUUACACUCUACGUCCUGCAGGGCGGCGCUCUUCUGAGUGGCGGAGGAAAAGACCGCAAGAUCAUCCGCUGGAGUGCAGACCUAGCCCCUGAGAGGGAAUGUGAGAUUCCAGAGCAGUUUGGGGCCGUGCGUACCAUCGCUGACGUGGACGGAGAGGAGCUCCUGGUGGGAACUACCCGCAACGCCAUCCUCAGGGGCACCUUCUCCGACGGCUUUGUGGCCGUAGUGCAGGGCCACGUGGAUGAGAUGUGGGGUCUGGCCACACACCCCUCCCAGAACGUCUUCCUGACCUGCGGCAACGAUCGGCAGCUGUGCCUGUGGAGCGCCGAGGAGCACAGUCUGGACUGGUCCACCACACUGGAGGAGUCGGGACUGUGUGCAGACUUCUGUCCCAGCGGCACGGUGGUGUCUGUCGGUCUCAACACAGGCAGGUGGUUGGUGCUGGAUUUGCGGACGAGGGAGGUGGUGUCUGACCUCACCGACGGUAACGAGCAGCUGUCCGUCAUGAGAUACUCUCCAGAUGGAAGUUUCCUGGCCGUGGGUUCCCAUGACAACUUCAUCUACAUCUACAGUGUGUCGGAGAGCGGGCGGCGCUACACGCGUUUCGGGAAGUGCACGGGUCACUCCAGCUUCAUAACCCAUCUGGAUUGGUCCAAAGAUGGGAAAUACAUCAUGUCCAAUUCUGGGGAUUAUGAGAUCCUUUACUGGGACGUGGCCGGAGGCUGCAAGCUGCUGAGGAACCGCUACGAGAGUAAAGACCGCGAGUGGGCCUCCUACACCUGUGUGCUGGGCUUCCACGUUGUGGGAGUGUGGCUGGAGGGGUCAGAUGGCACUGACAUAAACGCACUCUGCCGCUCCCACAACGAGAGACUGGUAGCCAUGGCAGACGACUUCUGCAAAGUGCACCUGUUCCAGUACCCCUGUCCGAAGCCUAAGGCACCGAGUCAUAAGUAUGAGGGUCACGGCAGCCACGUGACCAACGUGUGCUUCACCAGCAGCGACAGCCACCUGCUCUCCCUGGGGGGCAAAGACACCUGCAUCCUCCAGUGGAGAGUGACGGGCAGCCCCGGCGGGGGGGCAAGAGAGCACGCGGCCCCCGCCUCCACCGCCUCCACCUCCUCCACCUCCACCAACUCACCAGAGCCCGGAAUGUAAAGAGAAAUAAAGGGAGAGGAAGAUGGAGGUAGAGAGAGAUGACAGAUACCACUGCAAUGUGGCAGUAAAAAAAGAAGAAAAAGAAAGGAUGAAAAAAAAUCACUGAAAGAAUGGUAGAAAAGAAGGAAGAAUGAAUGAAUCAGAACUGUUAAGCUCCUGUCAUCUACAGAAAGUUUUAGUUGGACAAAAUCAGCAGUAAAAAAGACAGUUCAACCAUGAUUAUGUCUUCACACAAUAUGAUUAAUGAAUAUGAAUCUAUGAAGUGGAAGAUGGAGGUGAAUCAUAUCAGUGUAUGCCACAGCUAGUCUGUGUGUGCUAUUUGCCAUAUGUAACUCUGAAGUGCCUUCUUCUGACCGUAGCCAAGCACAUCUGAACAGCAGUCAAUACACUAGAUGUGACAAAGCCAAAAUUGAAAUGACUUGCCUCUUGUGCUGAAGAACAUUUUUUGAUAUAAAGAGAUAAAAUAGACAGUGUGUGUGUGUGUGCGUUCAUGGGUGGAUGAGUGUGUACAUGUGUUUAUGUGUGUGUGUGUGUGUGUGUGUGUGUGUGUGUGUGUGUGUGUGUGUGUGUGUGUGUGUGUGUGUGUGUGAGAGAGAGAGAGAGAGACAGAGAGUAAACUAUUAAAAGAACAUAG